GGGAAAAGCCACAGAGACCCUUUUUCAGGAACUGCCCCCGAGCCUUAAGCAAUGCCCAGUGUGUCAUGAGCAUGGACUGGAUGAAACAGGGACAUUUCACAACCUUUCAUGGCCAGGGUAUAAGAGACCCCUCGCUUGGGACCUGCCCCACACCGGCCCCAGGGGAUCUCACUCCGCUGCCAAGAUGAGCAAGAGCUCCCAGAGCCAGGAGCAGCCCUCCGAGCUGGAGAAGGCCAUGGAUGUCAUCAUUGAUGUCUUCCACCACUACUCCAGGCGGGAGGGGGACAGGGACACCCUGACCAAGAAGGAGCUGAAGCUCCUCAUUGAGAAGUAUCUUGCCAACUACCUGAAGCACGUGAAGAACAAGGCCACCAUCGACAAGAUCUUCAAGGACCUGGACAUCAACAAGGACUCCCAGAUCAGCUUCUACGAGAUGAUGCUGCUCAUCGUCCGCGUCACCUGCGCCACCCACGAGCACCUGCACGAGGUGGAGGACCAGCAGCACCAGCACCAGCACCACCAGGACCAGCAGCACCAGCACCAGCACCACCAGGACCAGCAGCACCAGCACCAGGACCAGCAGCACCAGCACCAGCAGCACCACUGAGCUGGGCUUGGCCCCUCGGCCGCGCUGCAGCCCCUGGUUUCCUCCCCCCCAUGGAAAGUUUCGGGCUGGGAAAGGCUCCAGGAUCAAACCCAACCUCGGGCCACCCCUCUCUGCCCCCCUCCCUCCCCCCCUUCUGCAAAGUGUGGUGGGUUUGCUGCCAAAUAAAGAUUUGCCCUGAGGCUGCCAAA